CAGUCUUCCUGAUUUCCAGCAGGGGACAGACCCUGCUCAUCGGGCUUUGCAGAGGCCUCAAAUGCGAAGGCUGUCCUCCAGGGAAAAGCUGCCAGGCAGGCUCCUGGGGGCAGACAAAGGCUCAGCCAGAUAAGUGCGGGCUCUGCCUAUCAGGGGUGGGUUUGCAGCGACAGUUAGCCCAGACUUGGUUCUCGUCCCGCCACCAAAGUCUCCACUGGCUCCGCUCCACCUUAGCUGGAAGCGCAGUCCAGUCCCCGCCCUCUCGACACUCCGCCAUUAAGGUUGAGGUGAAGAGAUGAGGGUGUGAGGGGCGUCCAUAUAUUCCUUCCGGACGCUAAUUUCCCCAAACCUAGCCAGCAGGAGUAACAAUGCAGGCACCCGUCACCGGACCCAUAACCUCAAAGCUCUGGCGCACCUUUCCGGACGUGGGGUCCGUCCAAUAAGAAAAGGAGUCUCCGAUUGGCCGUGGUGGCCCCCUCAAUCCAAUUUAAGGGCAACCCCACACCCCGGUCCCGGGUCCUGGUUUAGAAGGAGUUGAGAUAAUAGAGCCCAAACUACAACUCCCAAGAGGUAGCAGGGCUAUCCAGCUAUCCGUAUUCACGUGACUUCCGUCUCCGCGAGAGGGAAUCACGCGGUAGACCGGUGAGAGGGCGGGGCCAUCGGGCUAGCCCGCGGCGCCGGUGGCCUAUGGGCUGCCAGGUCAGAUGGGCGCCCGGUAGGGGGCGGGGCCGGGCGCGCGGUACGGCGCGGGAGCGCGCCGGUGGUGGCGGCUGUUAGGGGGGGCGGGGAAUAUCGGAUAAGGCGACCGUGGCAGCUUGGGCACCAUCGACUGGCAGUGGCGGCGGCUCCUGGUGCGGUUCCGCGCGCAGCCAGUAUUAGAGUUCGGAACCGAACGCUUGGCGUCGCAGUCCCUGCCCGGAAAGUUUGCUGCGGAGCUGCGACCUCCUGGCCCGCGCGGCCCGGCAUGAAGCGGCACUGAGGAGCCGCCGCCGCCGCCUGAGGAGGAGCGGCAGCACCCUGGGCCACGCCGAUGACUACUGCAAACUGUGGCGCCCACGACGAGCUCGACUUUAAACUCGUCUUUGGCGAGGACGGGGCGCCGGCGCCGCCGCCCCCGGGCUCGCGGCCUGCAGAUCUUGAGCCAGAUGAUUGUGCAUCCAUUUACAUCUUUAAUGUAGAUCCACCUCCAUCUACUUUAAACUCACCACUUUGCUUACCACAUCAUGGAUUACCGUCUCACUCUUCUGUUUUGUCACCACCGUAUCCGCUCCAAGGUCACAAAAGCUAUGAAGGAACUUGUGAGAUUCCUGAAUCUAAAUACAGCCCAUUAGGUGGUCCCAAACCCUUUGAGUGCCCAAGUAUUCAAAUUACAUCCAUCUCUCCUAACUGUCAUCAAGAAAUUGAUGCUCAUGAAGAUGACCUACACAUAAAUGACCCAGAAAGGGAAUAUUUGGAAAGGCCUUCUAGAGAUCAUCUCUAUCUUCCUCUUGAGCCAUCCUACCGGGAGUCUUCCCUUAGUCCUAGUCCCGCCAGCAGCAUCUCUUCUAGGAGCUGGUUCUCAGAUGCGUCUUCUUGUGAAUCUCUUUCACAUAUUUAUGAUGAUGUGGAUUCAGAGUUGAAUGAAGCUGCUGCUCGAUUUACUCUUGGAUCCCCUCUGACUUCUCCUGGUGGUUCUCCAGGAGGCUGCCCUGGAGAAGAGUCCUGGCAUCAACAGUAUGGACUUGGAUACUCCUUGUCACCCAGGCAAUCUCCUUGCCACUCCCCGAGAUCUAGUAUCACUGAUGAGAAUUGGCUGAGCCCCAGGCCAGCCUCAGGACCCUCAUCAAGGCCUACUUCCCCCUGUGGGAAACGGCGGCACUCUAGUGCUGAGGUUUGUUAUGCUGGGUCCCUUUCACCUCAUCACUCACCUGUUCCUUCUCCUGGCCACUCCCCCAGGGGAAGUGUAACAGAAGAUACCUGGCUCAGUGCUUCUGUCCAGGGUGGAUCAGGCCUUGGCCCUGCACUUUUUCCAUUUCAGUACUGUGUAGAGACUGAUAUCCCUCUGAAAACAAGGAAGACUUCUGAAGAUCAAGCUACCAUAGUACCAGGAAAAUUAGAGCUCUGUUCAGAUGACCAAGGGAAUCUAUCACCAUCUCGGGAAACUUCAAUAGAUGAUGGCCUUGGAUCUCAGUAUCCUUUAAAGAAAGAUUCAUCUGGUGACCAAUUUCUUUCAGUUCCUUCACCCUUUACCUGGAGCAAACCAAAGCCUGGUCAUACCCCUAUAUUUCGCACAUCUUCAUUACCUCCGCUAGACUGGCCUUUACCAACUCAUUUUGGACAAUGUGAACUGAAAAUAGAAGUGCAACCUAAAACCCAUCAUCGAGCCCAUUAUGAAACUGAAGGUAGCCGAGGAGCUGUAAAAGCAUCUACUGGGGGACAUCCUGUUGUGAAGCUCCUGGGCUAUAGUGAAAAGCCGAUAAAUCUGCAGAUGUUUAUUGGAACAGCAGAUGAUCGAUAUUUACGGCCUCAUGCAUUUUACCAGGUGCAUCGAAUCACUGGGAAGACAGUUGCUACAGCAAGCCAAGAGAUAAUAAUUGCCAGCACAAAGGUUCUGGAAAUUCCACUUCUUCCUGAAAAUAAUAUGUCAGCCAGUAUUGACUGUGCAGGCAUUUUGAAACUCCGCAAUUCAGAUAUAGAACUUCGAAAAGGAGAAACUGAUAUUGGCAGAAAGAAUACUAGAGUACGACUUGUGUUUCGUGUACACAUCCCACAGCCCAAUGGAAAAGUCCUUUCUCUGCAGACAGCUUCUAUACCUGUUGAAUGCUCCCAGCGAUCUGCUCAAGAACUUCCUCAUAUUGAAAAGUAUAGCAUCAACAGUUGCUCUGUAACUGGCGGUCAUGAAAUGAUUGUUACUGGAUCUAAUUUUCUUCCAGAAUCCAAAAUCAUCUUCCUUGAAAAAGGACAAGAUGGGCGACCUCAGUGGGAAGUAGAAGGGAAAAUAAUCAAGGAAAAAUGUCAAGGGGCUCACAUUGUCCUUGAAGUUCCUCCAUAUCAUAACCCAGCAGUUACAGCUGCAGUGCAGGUGCACUUUUAUCUUUGCAAUGGCAAGAGGAAAAAAAGCCAGUCUCAACGUUUUACUUAUACACCAGUUUUGAUGAAGCAAGAACACAGAGAAGAGAUUGACUUGUCUUCAGUUCCAUCAUUGCCUAUGCCUCAUCCUGCCCAGACCAAGAGGCCUUCCUCAGAUACAGGACACCUACAUGACAGUGUACUGUCAGCACAGAGAAGCUUGGUUUGUCCCAUCCAGCAAACAUAUGCAUCCAUGGUAACCUCAUCCCAUCUGCCACAGCUGCAGUGUAGGGAUGAGAGUGCUGGUAAAGAACAGCAUAUGAUACCUUCUUCAGUCCUCCACCAGCCUUUUCAAGUCACACCAACACCUCCUGUGGGGUCUUCCUAUCAGCCUAUGCAAACUAAUGUUGUAUUCAAUGGACCAACUUGUCUUCCUGUUAAUGCUGCCUCUAGUCAAGAAUUUGAUCCAGUUUUGUUUCAGCAGGAUGCAGCGCUUCCUACUUUAAUAAAUCUUGGCUGUCAACCACCGUCAUCCAUACCAUUUCAUUCUUCAAAUUCAGGCUCAACAGGACAUCUCUUAGCCCACACACCUCAGUCUGUGCAGACCCUGCCUCAUCUGCAGUCAAUGGGAUACCAUUGUUCAAACACAGGACAAAGAUCUCUUUCUUCUCCAGUGGCCGACCAGGUCACAAGUCAGCCUUCCCCUCAAUUACAGCCCAUUACGUAUGGUCCUUCACCUUCAGGGUCUGCUACAGCAGCUUCCCCAGCAGCCUCUCAUCCCCUGGCCAGUUCACCACUUUCUGGGCCACCAUCUCCUCAGCUACAGCCUAUGCCUUACCAGUCUCCUAGCUCAGGAACUGCCUCAUCACCGUCUCUAGCCACCAGAAUGCAUUCUGGACAGCACUCAACUCAAGCACAAAAUACAGGCCAGGGAGGUCUUUCAGCACCUUCAUCUUUAUUAUGUCACAAUUUGUGUGAUCCAGCUUCAUUUCCACCUGAUGAGGCAACUGUGAACAUUAAACCUGAACCUGAAGAGCAGGAACCUAACUUUUCAACAAUUGGUCUGCAGGACAUCACUUUAGAUGAUGGAACCACCAGAAUUGUUGGAAGAUUAAAGGCUUUGGCACUUUCACUCAUUCUACUCAAGAGUCAGGCACAGGGUGAACGCGGUAGGGAAGAUAAGAAAAUAGCAAUGGGAACCGCCUCCCACUCCAGCCAGAGCAGGGAGGCACCCCAGGCCUUUGCACUCAGAAGGCAGGUAGCCUCCAGGCGCAGUCCGGACAGCGCCCACGCCUGGCCAGCCGGCCGGGACAGGCCUGGACGAGCAGCUUACACCUGGCGGCGUCUGCCUCUGGGGCAGACACCGCCCUACACCCCCGCUCCAGCGUCUCCCAGGCGGGUGGGUGGGUCGAGGACGCAAGCUGCAGAGACAGUGACCUAUGGCCAAGUCUGGGCCCCUUGUCCCUUUCUUCUUCCUGCUGCUGUUCAGGGACACCUGGCCAGGCAGGUUCCCAGAGGCGUCUCAGCGUAGUGCCCCGGCAUGCCGGGUACUCUGGGAGGGGUCUCUCAGCCUCCAUCUCCACCCCCUCAGUAGGAGUGGAUCAAUGAGAAGUCAGAAAAGACGCCCCCCAGGAAUGGCCCGCACACGAGGGAGUCGCUGAAAGUUUCAAACAACAGGAACCCGUCCUACCGCCUGGGCCAGUUGGUUGUGGCGCGCCAGGCCUCGCCUCCUGCCGCCUCUUCCGCAGAGAAAUGUUCCUGUGGCCCGGCUGUGCCUUCAGUCACCCCGGCCCCGGAGCUCACCUGCU